CACGCGACGACGAUCUAUCGCCGAACCUCAUCCUUCUGCCAGGCGUCAGAGUCUGAGCAUGCAUAACACGUGCCAAGGCUGUUUCAAUGCUCUUCAGGCACCCAUCUGAAUGACCUCGAGGUUGUACCUCUCCUUAACUUUACGAAGGACACUUUUUCGCACAUUCUUUUGGUUCAAAUAGCCUACGACAUCGUUUCGCGCGGGGCCCCUUAGCACCCUUGCAUACGAGCAUUGCAUAAUUAUCUUUCGCGUUUAUACCGAACCUAUUUAAGCAGGAUGAACAGCGGUUACAUAACAAGGAGUGCGAAUACUCCUUAUACAUUCAAUCCCACUACCAAUCAUAGCACAGCCCCUGUACCAAGUGACCCCAAGGCUCCACAGGAUCGGCUGAUUGUUGGUGUGGACUUUGGGACUACAUACAGUGGCGUAGCUGCUGUUUAUUCUGCAACACCAGAAGAUGUCGAUAUCAUCAAAACAUGGCCGGGUGGGAACGGAAUUACAUCCGAUAAAGUUCCCACUGAGAUAGCCUAUCAAACUCCACCACCAAAUGGAUCGAAUUCAUCAGUGGACACAACCUCCGCAAAACAAGCCACCGUAAAGUGGGGGUUUCAAUUCAAACCUGAGGAGACACGACUUCGAUGCGUGAAGUUGUUUCUAGAUCGGAAUCAGAAGCUUCCACAUUUUGUAUCACCUCUCGAAACUGCUGCACAGCUCAAAAAGUAUGGGAAAACCGUGAAUGAAGCUGUAUCAGAUUACUUGAGCCAAAUAUACAAGCACACGAUGGAGACUCUAACCAAAAGGUACGGGGAGACAUUUAUGGGCUUGACGAAAGUCCAGUUCGUUUUGACGGUACCUGCGGUGUGGUCAGAUGCCGCGAAGGAUGCCACUCUGAAGGCCGCAGAGAAAGCGGGCAUGGGAAAUAGACAUGACCUCAAGUUGAUUUCUGAGCCCGAGGCUGCCGCUGUAUAUACGCUGAAAGCAAUUCAGCCCAACCAUCUUAGUGUUGGAGACAACUUCAUUGUGUGCGACGCUGGCGGCGGAACGGUGGACUUAAUAGCCUACAAGAUUACGCAGCUAAAUCCCCUUCGUGUCGAAGAAUCAGCAGUAGGUACCGGCGGCCUCUGUGGUUCCGCUUUUCUGAACUACCGCUUUGAGGAUCAUGUAAAGAGCCGAAUUGGCACAGAGAGGUACAAUACGAUGCGGGAAAAGAAAGCGAAAACCUGGAACAUGGGCCUCAAAUACUUUGAAGAGUUCGUCAAGCGAAAUUUUAAUGAGGACGAGCACAACGAAGUCAAUGUGCCAUUCCCUGGACUCCCUGACGAUGAGGAGGCUGGCCUCGACUCCGGAUUUCUUGUCAUGAGUGCGGAGCAGGUAAAGGAUAUCUUUGAGCCAGUGGUGCAAGAAGUUAUCGAUCUGGUCGAGGGCCAAGUGCAAAGUAUCCGACAAAAAGGAGGGCUUGUGUGUGGCAUUGUGCUGGUGGGUGGCUUUGGCCAAAGCAAUUAUCUGUACAGCAGAAUGAAGGCACACUUUAACAGCGCUCCACCACCUCCAUAUACAGAGCGACCAACACAUGCGGUCGCACUGAGCGCACCGCAAUCGAUUGAGGUCAUGCACCCAAUGUAUGCAUGGACAGCGGUAGUCCGAGGCGCGGUUCUCAGAGGCUUGGAAGGAAGUAUGGUGGUUAGUCGACGAAGUAGGUGGCACUAUGGGACCUCUUAUGCGACGGUGUUCGACGAAGCAAAGCAUCCCAUUUCCGAUCGAUACUGGAGUCCCUUAUGGGAGAGAUGGAUGGUCAGCGAUCGUUUACAAUGGCACAUUUCAAAGGGUGCUCAAGUCUCAGCUGAUCAGCCGAUAUCCUUCCAUUACACACGCAAUUUCCGUCCAGGGCAGUCGUUAGUAGUAGAAGACGACUUGAUAGCAUGCGACCUGGACACUGCUCCUGAUUCAUACCGGAAAGGCCUCAUAAAUGUCUGUACUUUGACGACAGAUCUGAACGCCGUACCUAAAAGUCUCUUCACACGUCUUACUACGACCAAAGGUGUCGAAUUUGACAAUCUCGAUUUCACGCUGGAUAUGAAGAUCGAGAGCGCAGGGCUAGUGUUUGAGUUGAAAGUGGAUGGAGUCCGAUACGGCGCUGUCAGUGCCAAAUUUCAUUGAGUAGGAGGUCGGUAAUCUUUACACAUUUUGAGUUGCCUAGGCGCUCAGGAGCUCCAGCAACAUCGUGAGUUUAGCUAGCUUCUUAGUAGGAUAGUACCUCGUAAGAUUUGGCAUCUGUUGUAAAUGUAGAUAUAUAUGGAUGAUGAUGCAUAUAGGAUGAACAUUGGCAAAG